UCUUCAGCUCAACACCUUGUCGUGAGGGAGACCAGCUUCAUGUUCUCCAGCAGCGCGGAGGAGCUGACGGUGCCCGAGCAAACCUCCGUCUCUGAGCUGGCCGACAGCGGCCGCGGGAGCUGGACCUCCUGCUCUAGUAACUCCCACGACAACCUCCAGACUCUUUCAGGCCAGCGAGCUCUGGACCUGCUCAACCAUCGCCACACGCCCAUGGGCGGCCCGAUCGCCGAGGUGGAGAUCGGCCCGGGUUUGCCAGAGGACAGCUGCUCCAGAGACGGAUCUGAGCUCAGUCAAUCCAGACAGAGCUGGACGUCCUCCAGUUCCCUGUCGGACACCUACGAGGGCAGCUACGGCACCAUCAAACGCAAGACGCAAAAUCAGCAAAGCACAGACGCUUCGUACAAGACGAUCACGUCCAGCACGGAGAAGGGACUCAUAGUGUACUGUGUAACGUCACCCUGCAAAGACGAUAGGCUCAAAGCGCCGCCCCCGACUCCGCCGGGCUACCAGGGCCUGACGCUGGGCGACGCGCAGGACGGAGGAGCCUCGCGGCCGACCCACGUAAAGCCGCCCGAGUAUAGCGUGGCCUUGCAGAGGUGCAAGCUGCGACACAGCCUCGCCGAGCCCAACCUGUCCAGACCACCCAGUGUUACUCUCCAUUCUCACGCUGAUAGUGAGGAGGAUGAGCAGGUUUCUGCCGUUUGACCGGACGUCGGCGCUUCACGGACACUCAUGCUUUACAAUCCAGGUUCGUGCCAGAGAAGGUACUCUUCAGGUUUGCAGCAUCUUUGAGGUCAUUCAACGACAAAACAAGCCUAUUCUUGAUCAUCGACCAACUCGAGACGGACGUUUUCAGCGACUGGUGAAGAAGCCACCUCUGUCUCUCCAAAUGUUUCCUUAAGCUGACAUCUUAUUUUUCUCUCACAUGCACUGUUCACCAUCCGCUCGGUUCCUCUCGGAGAAAACAGAUUUGAUAUAGCAUCACACCGUGUGCAUGCAGCACCUCUUGCAUCCAACCCAGAUCAAAUAUGCUUCAGAGACAAACCUCUAUGGUACUUUAACGAUGCACUCUCUUCUGGUUUGUUUGUGAAGUCGAACAAGCUUUGUGAGAUCAGGACGGUUCGUCGGCGACGCUUGAUUUCAGCAUCUGACGUGUUUACACACAUUCUCAGUUUACAGUGUUUCUUCUCGCUGAAAUGUGCUGCGCUGCCUGUUUUUUACGCAAUAAGGAUGGUGCGGAUGCGUCGUCUGAUUUGUACAGUCUCAGCUAUUGGAUUUGCUACUCCUGUCGUUGUACAUAGUUAGUGAGAUCGAUACUGCUUGUCAAGGGAAAAUAUAUUUAUAUGCUAGAUGUGCAUUUUCAUUCCUUGUUAGCUCAUGCUCUUUGGACGGGACAUUUUGUAUAGAAUGCAAA